UGUGUAGUGUGUACACAGACUGCAGACUUGACUUCACCGCGUUACUUCUUUUCUUUCCUGGCCUUUUUUCGAGCCAACGACAGAUUGCUCUCCCUCUGUGGCCAGACGGCGGCCAGCAGCCAUCCUGGUUGGCCGGACCGUGUCGGCGGAGAACACCAAAGCCCUGAGAGCGAACCUUGAAACGGAAGGACACACGGUAGAAACCGCUCGAUCCGACAAGAACUAAAACCAUCUGGCAGAAUCAUUAACCACAACUCCUCUCUCUCUCUCUCUCUCUCUCUCUCGCAUUUUUGCUUUUGCUGCAGAAUGGUAGUGGGAAGGGCGAUGGACAUGAUUAUAAGAUGCAUAGAUUGAUUAAUGAAUGAGCGGAGAACUGUCCCUUGGAGAUCCAGAGUAGGUGGUGGUUGUGGGGGCACGCUCACCAUGGCGAUGCCGUUUAUGUGGAAGCAUUCAGUGAGGUUCCUUAACUACGCGGUGGCGGUGUUGGCGGCCGCUCUUGUGUUCAUUUCCCUCUUUUUGAUCUUGCCUUUCCCUUCCCCGUCGAUCUCCUCUGUCAUCCGCUUCUCCGAGUCUGGUAGGUCGUACUCGAAUGGCUUGUACAGCCAGAAGCCGUUCGUCGACAUGGUGGACGCCUUCAGGGCAUGGGACUCCGUGGUUGCGUGCGACCGGUUCAGGGAGAAACACAUGGAUUCGUUGUCGGUGGUGACCGGCGGUAGGGGGAACUCCUCCGCAUCUUCGCCGUCGUCUUCUCUUCAGGACCCGGAUGGCGGGGGGGACUGUAGUGGGUUGAAGAUGAGGCAUGUGAACCUUCUGCUCAAGAGGUGGACGUGGAUUCCUGACAAUCUCGAUGGCCUUUAUUCUUGCCGGUGCGGGCUGAGCUGCCUCUGGACCAAAUCCCCCGCCCUUGUUGAUAAGCCCGACGCCGUGCUUUUCGAGACAUCCACGCCCCCGAAAGAGAGAACCAAGGGAGAUCCGCUUCGCGUAUACAUGGAUCUUGAGCCUGGUCGACGAUCUUCAGGAUAUGAGGAUAUUUUUAUUACUUAUCAUGCCAAAGAUGAUGUUCAGUCAACUUACGCAGGGGCACUGUUUCAUAAUGGUCGGAGUUAUCAAAUAUCAUCUAAGAAGCAAAAUGAUACACUUGUUUACUGGUCAUCUUCGAGAUGUGUUUGGCAAAGAAAUCGUCUGGCUAAGAAGCUCCUCUCGAUGCUGCCGCAUCAUUCAUUUGGCAAAUGCUUGAAUAAUGUUGGUGGCACAAACAUGGCACUGACCUAUUAUCCAGAGUGUGCGAAUCGUGAAAGCGCAGUACCAAAGUGGUGGGAUCAUCUUCACUGUGCCAUGUCACACUAUAAGUUUGUGCUCGCUAUUGAGAAUACCAUGACAGAGAGCUAUGUCACCGAGAAGCUCUUUUAUGCAUUGGAUGCGGGAUCAGUUCCAAUUUAUUUUGGAGCACCAAACGUAUGGGACUUUGUUCCUCCAAAUUCUAUUAUCGAUGGUACAAAAUUUGCAUCCCUCGAGGAACUGGCUUCUUAUGUCAAGGACCUUGCUAACGAUCCAGUUGCAUAUGCUGAGUAUCAUGCAUGGAGAAGGUGCGGCGUGAUGGGCAAUUAUCACAAGGCACGUGCUAUGAGCCUUGACACGUUGCCUUGUCGGCUAUGUGAAGCUGUGAGCCGGAAAGGUGGGAGGGAUGCUUGAGAACUGUGAAUACAGCAUUUUGGUUGUAUCUUGUUAUUGACCAGUCUGUAAUUGUUGUACAUUGAUGUGUUGAAGCUCUGUACAAGACCAAGCUUCUUGUGUUUUUUGGUCUUUGCAAUUUAGUGAAGGAAAGGGCCUGUUAAAUGGAA